AUGGUACUGUCACAGAGGAUUCACGAAGCAUUCAAAGGAACAGUAGAGAGAAUGACAGGGCCACGCACUGUUUCUGCUUUCAAAGAGAAAGGCGUUCUUAGUGUCAGCGAAUUCAUUCUCGCUGGUGAUAAUCUCGUCUCUAAAUGCCCCACUUGGUCCUGGGAAUCUGGCGAGCCGAGCAAGAGGAAGCCGUACUUACCUGCAGAGAAACAGUUUUUGAUUACUCGAAAUGUUCCUUGUCUCCGAAGAGCUGCAUCUGUAGAAGAAGAGUAUGAAGCUGCUGGAGGUGAAGUUCUACUUGACAAUGAAGAUGAUGAUGGAUGGCUGGCAACUCAUGGGAAACCUAAAGAAACUAAAGGUGAUGAGGAUGAGAAUGUGCCUUCAAUGGAAGCUCUAGAAAUCAGUGCAAAAAAAAGCCUUAUCCAGACAAACCCUUCAUACUUUGGGGGAGAGGAAGAGGAAGAUAUUCCUGACAUGGAAGACUUUGAAGACCCUGACAAUCUAGUUGAAUCAGAUCCUGCAACACUUCAGACUACGUAUCUCGUGGCUCAUGAACCUGAUGAUGACAACAUUCUGCGCACUCGAACAUAUGAUGUCAGCAUCACUUAUGAUAAAUAUUAUCAAACUCCUCGUGUAUGGCUCACUGGCUAUGAUGAGUCAAGGAUGCUUUUGCAACCAGAGCUUGUACUUGAAGAUGUUAGCCAAGACCAUGCACACAAAACGGUAACUAUUGAAGACCAUCCUCACUUACCUGGGAAGCAUGCGUCAGUGCAUCCUUGUCAACAUGGGGCUGUCAUGAAGAAAAUUAUUGAUGUUUUAAUGUCACGCGGAGUUGAGCCAGAAGUUGACAAGUACCUUUUCUUAUUUUUGAAAUUUGUAGCCUCUGUAAUUCCAACUAUUGAAUAUGAUUACACCAUGGAUUUCGAUCUUGGUAGCUCAAGCAGCUGA